GACACAUCCUCGGUUUCCUUAGACAUUUCCUACCUCAUGGUAUAUACAGAUACUGUGUCUGAAAUCGUUAAUUUUAUCGUGUCAAGGAAUAUCUGAAUUGUGGGGGAAAACUUUAUUGACUGUAAUAUUUGUGAUAGCGAUGGAUAGGAAUGUAUUGAAUUUCUGUCGUCUUUCUGUCAUCAUCCUGUUGGCAUCACAAUUUCUUUGUUAUCACAACUUCCAAAAACCUGACUAUGCAUUUGAUUUAGACUUUGCAGGAAAUGCAAUUGAAGGCUUUGUUGAUUCUGGAGUAACAGAAGGAUCUAAAGUUCGUGUUAAACCUGUUAAAGGUCGCCAGUUCUUAGAAGACGGAGAGGUUGUGAAAUAUCUACAAGUAAAAGUCCGAUCAGGAAACUUUACUGGGGAUGAAGAAUACGUUGUAGAAAACACCAACGCAUUCAGGGUUGAUGAAAAGGGCUACAUCAUAGUGAAUAACACAGAAACAUUCAACCACUUUAGGUUUUUUGAAUUUUAUGUUAUAAUGUUCAGACUUGCUGAUAUAGUUUCCGAUCCAGUACCGUUUAUUGUUGAGGUCUUUAAACAUUAAAAACAUUUUUUUUUUAUCUUAAAUUAAAAUAUGUGUUUUUUAAUGUCAUACACUUUGACCUAAACAUUUGUUUGUUUAUACAAAUAGUAUGUCAUUGGUAUUUAUUUACCCGUUUCAGUUCAGAAACACACAAUGAAUUUGCAUUUAUUUACAGGUAAUAUUAUAUCCUAUAUAAUAGCAAUGUUUAUGUUUUAUAUAAAAAAGAACAUGGAGUACGAUUGCCAAUGAGAUACCGUAUAGCGGGUUAUUUUCGCGGGUGUAAAAUUUCGCAAUUUUCAUUGAACAAGGUAUACGAAAUAUUUUGGCGGUUAUUAUUUUGGCGGAUUAAAAACUUGUAUUCAUACCUUUGUAUGUACACCUUUAAUUUGGCGGAACUUAUUUUGGCGAUUUUCUUCUAUCCGCAAAAAUAAGCGAAAAUUUGCACCCCGCGAAAAUAACCCGCUAUACGGUACCUCUCCAUCAGACACCAACAUGACACUGAAAUGAACAGCUGUAUGUCGUCAUACGGACAGCAACCAUGAGCAAAGCGUAUACCGCAUAGUCAGCUAUAAAAAGCGUCGAAAUGCCAAAUGUAAAUAGAAUUCUUAUUAAACUUAUGUCGGUGUUUUUUCCACUCAAAUAUACGAUUUUAAUACAAUUG